CCCGCCACUCGAGCCGCCCUCACAGCAAGCCAGCAGCCGAGCCCCCGGUGACGUCACGCAGCCGCGGCCCACCUGAUCAGACCAAGUCGGGUCACGUGAUCGAGCUCCCGAACGCCGCCAUCUUGAAACGCUCUGGACCUGCAGACUUUUGUCGGCUUG